AUGAACGUAUUAAAUCAAAUUGAUGAAUGCUUUUCAGACUAUCUAAAAAUAUAUGGACCCAAAGAAAUAGAUAGUCACUGGGAUGAAGGGGUUGUAGUUAAUAAAUAUAUUACACUAGGUAAGGCAAAAGAUAAUAAUGAAAAUAAAGAUAAUAUAAACAAAGGAGAUGAUAAUAAUAAUAAUAAUAAUAAUAAUAUAAAAGAAGAAAUAAAUAAGAAAAAUGACCUAUCAGAAGAAAAAAAUGGAAAUUAUAAAAAUUAUUCAAAUGAUAAAGAAAAUGAUAAUAGUACAUAUAUGGCUAAAAAUAAAAAGCAAAAAGAAAAUCUGUUCAUAUGUAAUGAUCUGGUAGAAAAAUGUAUUUGCCUAAAUAAUUUGGAAAGCUUAGAAGAAAUAGAAGAUGCUUCUUUAGUAAGAUGGACAUGUAUGAUACAACAAAUUAUUUCACCUGAAAGUUAUUUAGGAAUUUACAAAUUAAAAAAUAAGGAAAAUGGCAAAAUUAUUAUGAAAAGCUCGAAAUAUAAAGAUUAUAUAGAUGCUGAAGAUAACUGGGAAAUUGUAGAGGAAAAUGAAAAAAGGGGUAUGGGUGAAUAUUAUGAAUUUAAUAUUAAUAAGUAUUAUGAGAAUGGAGAUAAUAAAAUGGACCAAACGGUUGAUAUCUUAAAAAAUAAUCAAGAUGUAGAUAAAAAAAUUGAUGAACAUAAUAAGAAGGAUGAAAAGAGUGACCCUAAUAAAAUUUGCAGUAAUGAGCAAAAUGACAUAACAAAUAAUAAUACCUAUGAUAAUAUGGAACUUUAUGAAAACGAUGGAAAUUUUAAUAAGUAUUGGAAAAGAUAUUUAUUUUUUUGUACUAACAUACCAGGAAAUAAAAGUGCAUGGACAAAAGAAUUAUAUGAUUAUUCUUCUUCAUAUGUUAACCGUGAAGUAUUUUUAAAAAGUAAAAGUGAUUAUGAAAAUGGAAUAUAUUUAAAAGAUGUAAAGGAUCCUAUGAAUAAUGAAGAUGUUAAUAAUUCGGUAGCCUCAUCAACGGACAUAUCUAAUUAUAUGAAUAGUAAUAACAACAAUAAUAAUAGUAUUAAUAAUAUAUAUUCUUCAAGGGAAUAUAUAUGUUCGAGUAACGAAUUAAAUGAAACCCAAAAUAAUAAUAAUAAUAAGGAUAAAAAUGAAUAUAAAAAGAUAGAUACCAAUGACAAAAUUAAUAAUAAUAAUAGUAAUAAUAAUAGUAAUAAUAAUAGUAAGAGCAAUCAUAAUAAUAAUUAUUAUUUUAUUAACAGUACUGAUUUAGAUAUGAAUUCUAAUAUAUCCUCCAAUAUUUGCUCAUAUAAUAUUUCUCCUGUUAACACCUCAAAUAAAAUUAGAUGCGUUAUAAAAAUAUACGAUGAUGAUAGUCAAUAUAACGGAAAGAAUGAUAAGGAAUUUUUAAAAUUAAAUGACGUAAUCGAAAUUAUUGGAAUAUAUCGUAAACAUCAAAUUAAAGACUUUGAAGAUUAUAAGAAAAAUUACAAUUUUUAUUUUUAUUAUGAUCAACAUUUUUUAAAAUAUCCAUGUAUACAUAUAUUUCAAUAUAAAAAAAUUAAUUAUUUCAAUCCAUUAAAUAAUUGUAUAUUAUUUAAAAAUGAUUUAUCAAUUAUAAUUUCUCAAGGCCCUUUUAAUGACAUUCAAAAAUUAAGACAUCAUUUAAUUAUGUAUAUUUCCUCUGCUUUUAAUAAUGAUAUGCUAAUAGCUCAUUAUUUUUUCUUUUAUUUAUGUGGAAGUUAUAUAAAGGAAAGUAAAUUAAAAUUGGGAAAAAUCAGUUUAAAUAUUUUUAAUAUAUUAUAUAAUAAUGAAAUAGAAAAAUUAAAUGAUCACAUUUCCAGUGAUAAUGUAAACCCUGAUCAGAUGAAAAAAUUACAAAAUAAGAUACCAAAUGAUAUCGAUUUAGAAAAAGAUGCUAAUCAAUUAAAAGUAACAAAUAAUAAUUGUUUUUUGAAUAGUAAUAAUAAGGUAUUAGUAAAAGAAGCAGAUAAAAAAGGAAUAGCACCACAUGCUAAGAAAAUAAAUAAAAUGAUUAAAAAUUUAAUUCCAUUAUAUAGAUAUAUUCCAUUAAUAUUACAAAAAUUAAACACAGAAUAUCUAGUUUCAGUUAUGAAUAACCAAUAUGGAGAAUUAAAAAAAGGAAAAUUACAACUAGCUAAUAACACCUAUUUAACAUUUGAUGAAUGCCUUUUAGAUGUAGGAAAUCUUAAUAAUAUAAGUAUAAAAAAUUUUCAAUGUAUUGAAAGAUUAAUCACAUCACAAGAAAUACCAUUCAUUUUUAAUAUGGAUAUAAUAUUUCAAACUGAACAUAAUAUUUUAAUAUUAUCCAAAAAAAAAUCUAUGUAUUCUCAUUAUGUAGAUAUAGCUAUACCUAUAUGUCAUUAUAAUAAAAUAAAACAUAAUUUAACCGAUACUAAUAAUGAACAGAAAAACGAAAAUAUAGAAAACGUCAAAGGUUCCACAAAUAAUGAUGAACCAUCUAAUUCACAUGAUCAAAAAAAUGAACAAACUAAAGGUAUCUUCUCAUCAGAAUUUUAUAAUAAUAUUAAUAAUAAUUAUAAACCUAAUGAAAAGGAAUUAAUGCAAUUUAGAAGAUAUAUAAAUUAUAUAUUAUCUAAAAACCAUUCAGCAAAAAUACCGGAAGAUAUUACAAAUUAUAUAACAGAUUCAUUUGUAUUAUUAAGACAAAAAAAUAAAGAUAUAAAUCAGUUUGUUUUAAAUUCUUGGAUAUGUAUGUCUAGAAUUUUAGCGUUUUCAGAUGGACAUAAUGAAAUAAAUAGGGAUCACUGGGAUUAUAUUAUGAAAUUAGAAAAUGAGAGAAGAUUGCGUUUAAAUAAUCUUAACAAAAUAUAUAUAUAG